AUGGCGGUUACCAUUGCGAAGUCUCAAGGCACGGUCAUAGCGGUUGCGACCGGUCUUUUGGCCGUGAUCGCAAUCGGUGCAUAUAACGAAGCCGGCAUGCGACAGGCUGUCGCAGUGUUGAUCGGCGGUGUCGCGGGGCUCUCUCUUUACCACGCGAGUUUCGGUUUUACGGCUGCCUGGCGCAGGAUCGUGACCGAAAAACGUGGCGCGGGCCUCCGGGCGCAAUUCGUUCUCAUUCUUCUGACGAGCGUGGUCUCCUUUCCGUUGAUUGCCUGGGGCAGUCAGCUUGGCUGGCCCACCGGUGGUUUCGUGUUUCCAUUCGGUGUGGCGGCCGCCAUUGGAGCUUUCAUGUUCGGACUGGGCAUGCAGCUUGGUGGUGGUUGCGGAUCCGGUACGCUCUUUACGGCAGGUGGCGGCUCCACCCGCAUGAUGAUCACGCUUGCAGCCUUUGUCCUGGGGUCUGUUCUGGCAACGGCGCAUCUGCACCUCUGGGGACGUCUGCCGAAGUUGCCCGCCAUCUCUCUGAUAAGGGAAUUGGGGCCUCACGGAGCCUUUCUGCUAACGGCCUGCGUACUUGGUGUGCUGGCCAUCGUCACGAUCCGGAUCGAACGAGGAGCGCAUAGCGACCUUGCCACAUCACGAGCGACGGAAUCGUUCCUGACAGGGCCGUGGUCACCGAUGCUGGGUGCAGUCAUGCUGGCGGCCGUCGGCAUCGCAACAUUUGUCGUGGUCGGGCGGCCCUGGGGCAUCACGUCGGCCUUUGCGCUUUGGGGUGGCAAGUUCUUCCAUGCGAUCGGCGUUCCUGUCGAUACCUGGCCCUACUGGACGUGGCAACGCGGUGCACUUGAAAACUCGGUCCUCAGGGACACGACGUCCGUUAUGGAUUUCGGCGUCAUUCUCGGGGCCAUGGUCGCUGCCGCGCUGGCGGGCCGGUUUGCUCCGGUCUGGCGCCUCAGCCGCCGAGACCUGUGGACUGCGAUCGCAGGUGGACUGCUCAUGGGCUACGGCGCACGUCUUGCCUAUGGCUGCAACAUCGGCGCGUAUCUGGGCGGGCUUGUCUCCGGAUCCCUUCAUGGCUGGCUUUGGUUGCUUUUCGGGUUUCUCGGCAGUCUGCUGGGAACCCGAUUGAGACUUAAGCUCGGCAUGGGAUGA